AUGAAAAGAUUUUUGCUAUAUUUAGGCGCAGGAACUCUUGCAGCAUUUUCAUAUGACCCAAUUUACUAUGCUUAUAAGUGGAACUAUAAAGAGCCUAUAGAUCUCAAAAAGAAUUAUGGAAGUGGCAGCUAUGCUCUAAUUACAGGUGCAAGUGAUGGAAUCGGAAAAGCCUUUAGCCGAGCAAUUGCAGCACAAGGACUUAACGUAAUCCUUGUAGGGAGAAAUUCAGAAAAGCUCAGAACAGUCCAAGCAGAAAUCGAGCACGAAUUUAAUGUAAAAGUAGUGACUAUGACUGUAAAUUUAGAAGAAAUCCAUGAAAAUCUAGAAAAUAUAGAGAAAUCCAAAGCCAGCUUCAGCAAUAUGACAUCUCUAUUUUGGUAA